CGGUACAGCGAAUCAGUUGACGAGCCGCUGUGCAAAAGUGAAGAUCUCCAUCAAACGAGCGGCGUAAAAGUGCGCGCUACCAGGUACACCCCAAGAUCGAACGAUCGUACUGGUGUGUGAAACGUUGCUAACGUGUUCGUGUACUUGUGUGUGAGAGAGAGAGUGUUUGCGUGUGUGAUAUGGUUGGUAUUGGUACCGUUCGGCGAUAGUGUGAGCCAUCCAUCCAUCCGCGUAACGUGCUGAUAGCAUCGGUAGUCGCCAUAGCCACACCAAAAGUUCGGUUUCCUCGGCCUCGGCAAGAGUGUGCAAGUGAUCAUCGCGCGCGUGCGAGCGGUAUCUCGACAAGAUUUUGUAAAAGCAGAACAGAACUCAACCGACCGUUGAGCGUGUGUGAGGUACUGCUGCCAAAUUGAUUACGGAUAGAAGACGCCGGCCUGUGGUGCGCGUGUUGAGAGAGUAUAGUGCUGCUGCGCUUGUUUUAGCAGAUCGUGUUUUUGCUGCAAAGAGUAACCCAAUACCUGUUUGUUGUUAAGUGCAUUAUUAUUCAAAACCGGGCGGCACCAUCAUGAAGAUUCUAAUGCUGAUUGUGGCAACGUGUGUAGUAGGAGCACUGUGUGAGGAGAAAUGUGAACCGGGCACGACGUUCAUGGAAGAUUGCAACAAGUGCCGCUGCGGUCCGGACGGCCAGAAGGCUUGUACGCGCAAGAUGUGCCCACCGAACGAGCUGUCCGAUGACAGCCAGGUGCGGCUCGAUGUCCAGAACGGUGAGUCGCUGUCGUCCGCGGACGAGAAGGACGAGAUUCAUGUGCAGACAAACGGACAGGUUUGCUCACCGAACGAGAUCAAGAUGAAGGAUUGCAACCGUUGCCGGUGUGCCAACAACGGUAUCGGAUGGUUCUGUACGCGGAGAGCCUGCCCACAGCGUGCAAAGCGUUCCGAGCCCGCUCCGGAAAAGAAGUGUACUCCCGGUACGACGUUCAGAAGUGACGACGGUUGCAAUACCUGCUUCUGUACCGAGACGGGCCAUGCCGCCUGUACGCUGAAGGCUUGCCUUCCGUCGGACUUUUUCGAUCAGCAGAAACCGAAACAGAAGCGAUCAGUACCGGCCGAUGAUCUGCCCCAGUCCGCGAUUGCUCCCGGUGCGCCCGGAUUCAGCUGUACGCCCAAGUCCUCGUUCAAGUAUGAGUGCAACACCUGUCUCUGUUCGGACGAUGGCAAGAUGGCAGGAUGUACCUUCAAGUACUGUGUUCCCGGUGAAUGGUAAAAGAAGCAUGCUAGUUCGUAGUGCCGAAAGCCUUUAACAAGCUGUACAACUAAGUUGCUGUAUCUAAGUGUCAGUCGAACUAUCAGUAGAAAGUUGCCUUUGAUUGUUUUCGCCCGGUGCUUGAACGAUACGAGCAUACACGUAAGUCAUUUUUGUCAAACAAACUUCAGAGGAUACACGGAAAUAAAGUUAUUAUUUUUACCAUCAAGACCAAA